UCUGCACUUCAGCUGCUCCGGGAAAUUGCUUUUUGAUUUUUGUUCCCCAGCCCGAGGCGCCUGCCCUUGACCUGGAUCAGGGCUGUGUUAAGGAGUCAGAGGAGCCUUCUCGAGGCUCAGCAGAAGCAGAGCACCUGGGAACAUGGCCCUGCGAGAGAGAGGAACCAGCACCAGCUCCAUGGAUGACAAGAAAGGGCAGAACAGUAAUCGAGUUAUUACAACUGUCUUCCUGGCACUGUUCAUCGACUUGUUGGGAUUUGCUCUCAUCUUGCCACUGUUUCCUUCCAUCCUUGAUUAUUACAGCCAGACUGAGGAUGGAUUCUAUUUGUCAUUGCAACGUGGUGUGGACUGGUUUGCAGGGAUGGCUGGGAUACCUCCAGAGCGGAAAUACAACAGUGUCUUGUUUGGAGGUCUGAUUGGCUCAAUCUUUUCCAUCCUACAGUUUUUCUCCUCUCCCCUCACUGGUGCUGUGUCAGACCACUUGGGCAGAAGGCCUGUCAUCUUGAUGACAGUGAUGGGUUUGAUAGCAUCAUACUCACUAUGGGCUGCCUCUAGGACUUUUGGCGUUUUUCUUCUCUCCAGGAUCAUAGGGGGAAUAAGCAAAGGGAAUGUCAGCCUCUCCACAGCUAUCAUUGCUGACUUGCACUCUCCAAAAGCACGGAGCAAGGGCAUGGCCAUGAUUGGUGUUGCCUUCUCCCUUGGUUUUACCCUGGGCCCCAUGAUCGGUGCUUACCUUGCCAUGGAGCCAGAGAAAGGAGAAGUCUUCUAUCUCCGAUCAGCACUGUUAGCUCUCAUGUUUGCUGUGGCUGAUUUAGUGUUCAUCUUCUUCCUCCUUCCAGAGACACUUCCCAAGGAAAAACGGGUCUCUUCUGUGACAUCUGGAUUUCAGGCAGCAGUCGACUUGCUCAGUCCUUUGGCUUUAUUUCAGUUCUCUGCGGUCACCCGAGGAAAGGAAUCCCCUUCACAGGAGAAUCUUCAGAAUCUCAAGAUUUUGGGCUUGGCUUAUUUCCUGUACCUCUUCCUGUUUUCUGGCUUGGAGUAUACACUGAGUUUUCUCACUCACCAGAGAUUCCACUUCAGCAGCAUGCAGCAGGGCAAGAUGUUUUUCUUUAUUGGAAUAACAAUGGCUGUGAUCCAGGGAGGCUAUGCUCGCCGAAUCAAGCCAGGAAAUGAAAUCAGAGCUGUAAAACGGGCUAUUAUGUUGCUGAUUCCAGCUUUCUUGUUAAUUGGAUGGGCUGCAAAUGUGACCAUGCUGAGUGUUGGACUGUUGCUGUACUCCUUCGCUGCAGCCAUUGUUAUCCCGUGUUUGUCAGCAGUGGUGUCAGGCUAUGGCACUGCCAGCCAGAAAGGACGAGUCAUGGGGAUCCUGAGAAGCCUGGGAGCCCUGGCCAGAGCCCUGGGACCCAUCCUGUCGGCUGCAGUUUACUGGCUGGCUGGGGCCGAGAUUUGCUUCACUGCCUGUGGAGUUUUGUUCCUUGUCCCCUUUGCUUUACUUGGGUCUAUAAAACAGCAGAUAAAGGAGGAGUAAGGAAGGAACCACAAAAGUCUCACCAGCUUCCAGGGCCUUCUACAAGACCUGAGUCUUGGCACCCGACCCUGCUGAGCAAAUAGGAAGAUUUUGAUCUUCUGGAAAGAGAUACAUAAUGACUAUUUGCAGCAACAACACACAGCAGUUAUGUUUAAAGCAGCCCCCCAAUCAGGUGGGCUUUGCAAACAGAAAAAAGAAACCAAAUCAACUAAACAGAACAAAACAGACACACACACCUCCCCCACAAACAGCUGAGUAAGGCAUUAAGAUCAUCAGAGAAGCAGAGACAGGCACAACAGCAACGGGCCUGGAGCCCUCCCCACUCACCAGGUGCCGUUCCCAUGGUCCUGGAGCGCACAGGGGGCUCUGCCCUGCUCCUGCCCCCGAGCAAAGCCUCAGCAGGGGCUCAGCUGGCACAGGAGAAACCCCCAGGGCUGCUCUGACGGGCGGUUUCUGUACAGCAGGUACGAGAUCUCUGCAAAUGCUGCAUCAACGCCUUCAAACGAGAUGGUCAAACAAAAGCAAGAAGCACUACAGGCUUCCUGAGCCCCACUGGUACUUUGGCACGGGGCUGUUUUUAUUAAACAAAUUUGGAGAGAUGUUUUAUAUUUCUAAUACUGUGUGAUGUUUUUGAUGACCAAGCACUGUUCUUUUUGCAUUAUGAAUAAACGGUUACAUUGUACAGUCCUAUGGUCAGUUAAUUACACUUGUUUACACUCAUUUAAACUGAACAUCCCCUUUUGGUUGAGCCAAAGUGGGUUCAGAACUUCACUGGAGGUGCCGAAGGUCUCCUUGAUAGAGCCAACCAUGCAUGACACCACAGUGCUGACCCCAUGAUGGGUGCAGGAAGGACCCCUCCACCAGGCUCUGCCUCCUGCUCAGCUGGGACACCCAGGGCAGG